AUGACAGAAGUGAAAGGAACUCCCAUCAUUAAAGGUUCACGAACAAUGCAAAUAACUGGCUUAUAUAAAGGAAGGGCAAUUAUUAUAAAAGACUCUUACAGUGUUAUAAAUAAGAAGCUUAAACUAUUUCCUGCUAUGUUUAACUUACAAACAGGACCGAAAGAAGUAUUUCCAUAUAACUACUACAGCAGUGUUUUGUUAGCAAAUGACAACAGAACUGGUGUCAUUUCUGAAGCAUGUAAGUUUAUCCGGGAUGCAGAUACAUUCAUGAAAAACAUAAAUUCCAUCAAAGGUUGCAGAAUAGAUGAAAACCACUUCGACUUAGAAAAGUAUAGCGCAUUUUAUUGCAAACAAGAUGUAAGAAUUUUAAGAGAAGGUUUUGUUAAGUUCCGCAAUGACAUAUUGAAAGAAUUUGAUUUAAACGUUUAUGACUAUGUUAGUAUUUGUUCAAUUGCUAACAAAUUGUUUGAGAACAGAGUGUACUUCCCGAAUGGAAAUUUAUAUGACCUCUCAAAUAAACCAAGAGAAUUUAUUUCACGCUGUAUUCAAGGUGGAAGAUGUAUGCUGUCAGAUAACAUUAAACAAAAGAGCGAAAAGAAACUCAUUGCUGACUUCGACGCUGUUUCAUUAUAUCCAUCAGCUAUAGCAAGACUUUAUACUUUAGAAGGAAUUCCAAAGGUUAUGAAGAAAGAAAUGUUAAGCACAGAGUAUCUCAUGAGACAUUUAUUCGAUGACGACCAAAAGGAACCCAUUGGUGAAAAGUUUAUGUCUGGCUUCUUUGUUCUCAUUAAGAUAACAGAGAUUGGAAUACAUAGACACUUUCCUUUAAUAGUUUGUGACCCUGAACUAAAUCCAGAACUUAACGUUCCCAGAAGUUCAAACACUUGCUGUUUAAUGUAUGUUGACCAUAUAACAUUACAAGACCUCAUAAAAUAUCAAGGUGUCAAAUGUGAAGUGUUGCAAGGAUACUAUUACGAUGGAAACAGAGAUAUUAGAAUAAGAGAUGAAGUAAAGAAGUUGUUUGA